GAGAGAGAGAGAGAGAGAGAGAGAGAGAGAGCGAGAGAGAGAGAGAGGGAGAGAGAGAGAGAAAGGAGGGAUGGGUGCAGAGUGUGUGAGGAGCGAGAAGUCACUGUGAUUCCGCCAAACAGUGGAGUUUCCUCCAGCUCUGCUCUGCUCUGCUCUGCCCUGCUCUACUCUACCUGCUACUUGAGGUAAGUUACUGACUGGAGCAAUAAUAAGGUGUGUGUGUGUGUGUGUGUGUGUGUGUGUGUGUGUGUGUGUGUGUGUGUGUGUGUGUGUGUGUGUGUGUGUGUGUGUCACAGGUGACAGAGAGAGAGUGAUAUAGUAGCUGUGGAGGGACAACUCAGCAGGGACCUUCCUGUCCUAAGGAUUCAUUAAUGCCCUGUGUGUGUCCAGCAUGAGUAACAUCUACGAGUCUGCAGAGGCGACCCUCGGCCUGUGCAACUCUUCCUGUCUGACCAAGGUUGAGCUGAGAGUGGCUUGUCAAGGGAUCUCAGACCGAGAUGCCCUUUCUAAACCAGACCCCUGUGUUGUCCUCAAGAUGCAGUCACACGGACAGUGGUUUGAGGUGGACCGGACAGAGGUGAUCCGUAGCUGUAUCAGUCCAGUGUUCUCUAAGGUGUUACUGGUUGACUACUACUUUGAGGAGGUGCAGCGUCUUCGCUAUGAGCUACAUGAUAUCAGUCCCGCUCACAACGGACUCAGAGACACAGACUGCCUCGGGGCUAUGGAGUGCACGUUGGGACAGAUCGUGUCCCAGAGGAAACUGUCCAAAGCGUUACUUAAACAGGGAAACGCUACCAGCAAGUCCUCCAUCACGGUAACAUCAGAGGAGUUGUCAGGUAAUGAUGACUACGUAGAACUCUCCUUCAGAGCUCGGAAACUAGACGACAAGGAUUUCUUCAGUAAAUCAGAUCCAUUUUUGGAAAUCUUCAGAAUAAAUGAUGAUGGCAGUGGAUCACUUGUUCACAGAACUGAGACGGUGAUGAAUGACCUCAGCCCGGUGUGGAAGUCAUUCAAGGUCUCUCUUAACACACUGUGUAGUGGAGACCACGACCGCCAACUAAAGUGCACAGUGUAUGAUUGGGACUCCAAUGGGAAGCACGACUUCAUUGGAGAGUUUCAGACCACCUAUAAGGAGAUACGGACAGACCUGGAGGGGAGACAGAUGCAAUGGGACUGUAUAAACCCGAAGUACCAACUGAAGAAGAAGAACUACAGAAACUCUGGCGUCAUCGUCCUCAACCACUGUAAGAUCAUCAAGAUGUAUUCUUUCCUGGAUUACAUCAUGGGAGGCUGUCAGAUCCAGUUCACAGUGGCCAUAGACUUUACAGCGUCAAACGGAGACCCCAAAAACAGUUGUUCUCUCCACUACAUCCAUCCAUACCAGCCCAAUGAAUACCUGAAAGCCCUGGUGGCUGUGGGCGAAAUAUGUCAAGACUAUGACAGUGAUAAGAUGUUUCCAGUGUUUGGGUUUGGAGGUCAGAUCCCACCUGACUUCAAGGUCUCACACGAUUUUGCCGUGAACUUUGAUGAAGACAAUCCAGAAUGUUCUGGUAUCCAGGGUGUGGUGGAAGCCUACCAGGGCUGUCUCCCUAAGAUCCAGCUGUACGGACCGACCAACAUCGCUCCCAUCAUACAGAAAGUUGCUUCUUCUGCCUCAGAGGAGAUGCACACCAAGGAAGCUAUGGAGUAUUUCAUCCUGUUGAUCCUAACAGAUGGAGUGAUAACAGACAUGGCUGACACUAGAGAAGCUAUAGUCCAUGCUUCCCACCUGCCCAUGUCUGUCAUCAUAGUAGGAGUGGGAAACGCUGACUUCAGUGACAUGCAGAUGCUGGAUGGAGACGAUGGAAUACUCAGGUCCCCAAAAGGAGAGCCUGUUCUCAGAGACAUUGUCCAGUUUGUUCCCUUUAAAGACUUCAAACAUGCGUCCCCGGCUGCGCUUGCUAAGAGUGUGUUAGCAGAGGUGCCCAAUCAGGUGGUGGAUUACUACAACGCAAAAGGAAUCCAUCCAAAAUGUCUGUCUGACUAUGACGAAUCUACCAGACCCUUCAGUCCCUGAUCACACAAACACACCCAUUAUAAACACACACACACCCAUUAUAAACACACCCAUUAUAAACACACACACACCCAU